GGUUUCUUAUUUUUGUUAUCUUCUUGUGAUGCCAUCUACUGGGAGGCAACUGAGGAUGGAAAUUUCUCCUAUAGAUCUACUUUUGAAGAGAUAAGGAAUGGUCUGCCUGCAAAUUUUUCUUUUGCUCAUAGUUGACAUCCUUAACAAAAAAUGAAAAUAAAAAUGUUACAAUGGAAGAUCUUGAAUGGUAUCCUUCCUAUAACUGAUAAGCUGGGUAGGUUUCAAUAGAUGCGACAUCCUUCUAUGUGCCUUUUGUCAAAGAGUCAAAGUGACUUUAUGAAACAUCUUUUCUAUUGCUGUGAACAUGAGCAACCAACUAGGAGUUACUUCAUGGGCAUAUUUGGUAUCACUGCUCCCCCUAAUUGCUCUAUCAAACAAGUUUUGAGGUUAUGGUGGCACAAAUUUGGAAGCAACACACUGGUGGAUUUAUUUACAAAAAAAAUCUCUCUGGUAUUAUUUGUUGGCAUAUUUGGAAAGCUUACUUUAAAGGAACAUUUCCCUUUUUGGCAAACAAAACAGUGCCAAACAGUGUUCCUCCUAAAUAUGUUUGAAAACACAAAUGUGCUCUUUAUAUUGGGGCAGAGGGAGUAAUAUCUAAAUUUCUCAUCCCGUGCAACGCACGGGUGGAAUACUAGUACAAAUAAAAUUAUAGAAUAAGCAUUCAUAGGAGCAUUAAACUUUAAAAGGGGAUUAUGGCAGCCAUAUUAAGAUAGAAAUAAAUUUCAUCUUCGUAAAAUGCCAUUUUAAGAGACAUUGAUAUUUAUAGCGUCAAUAAUUGCAAUGGAAAAUCAUAUUGGAAAUACAAUCCUGCACUUUCAAAACAGUGGAUUUUAGUUAUUUCAAACUUUUAAUUCCUACAUAAGAAAACAAUAGGCUAAAAACAGAAAAAUAAAAAGAAUGGGAAAGGUAAGGCCUCUUAAACGGGAGUUUCAUUGCAACCACAUGUAGAUAAGACCAAAAGAGUCCUCAAAGAGUACCCUUGGAUUAGUAUAAUCAGAGGUACCUGUAACAAAAUAAAAAUUUCAGAAGACUCACAUAUAUACUUCCGCAAAACAUAACUUUGUGAGGCUCAAACAAUUGUUUAAGUUGUAUCAAAACUCAAUAAGCACUUCAAUCACCGAAUCCUUGAUUUUUUUUUAUCCAUUUGGACAGCAAGAUGAUUGAACUGCAUAUACAUUAACAUGACAUUGUCAAACUGCACGUCAAAUAACCAAAAUAAACCAGCAAAUACCUUGUUGCCAAGAUACACUCCAAUAACUCAAAACCCACCCUUAGAUAUCACCACUUAAGAGAGCCGUUUAAGGUUUUAAAGUAAUUAAAAAGAAUCAAAUGCUCAUAGACUUUCAUAAAUAAGAAUAUAUACUAUGAUAAGUUGGAGAAAUGAAACCAUCAAGGCAUCAAGAAUGUUAAAAUGAGGAAUAGGGAAUGAGGAGAAUAUAUAAUCUAAACCAAAAGGCAAAAUUGAGCUAUAUAAAGUUAAAAACUAAUCUUUUUUCAUAUUUACAUUUCAUCGAACACAUUAUGCUUUGGUGUACCCAAAACUCUCGUAAAAUUUGAAAACUAAAUUGAUCAACAAUAAAAGAACAUGGAAUAAGAGAAGAGACAGCGUACCCAGAGCGGCAAUAGCACAAAGUUCGGUAAUGUCAUAGAUUGAGAGCAAGUAGAUUGUAGACCUGAUGGUCUUGUACAUGGUAUUAUUUGGAGGUCUUCGCAUAUCAUAGCUGCGGAUGAAGUGAGAAAAAUCAGGCUGGAAAUUUGGUGAGAGCAGAGAAGAGGGAAAGGAUAGGGGCGUGAAGUUUCUGCAGUUUGCGAGGAGAAAGAACGUGAGGGAACCACGUGGCAGCAGAACGUGAAAGGAGAAAAACUUGGGUUGAGCUACACGUAGGAUUAAUGAAGGACAAAAUGGUAAUUUUAUGAGCUAUUUCUUUUCUAUGGUUCUAUCAGGUGGUAAAUAUAAUCAACCCAAUACUAAUUUGGUAAGUAGUUUUUGGUUUGGCGAAAAAAACUCGGAAAUAAGAUUAUUUUGGAAAGGGAAAACUGUCAAAUAGGUCAUCGAACUUUCAUAAAAAAAUCAAUUAAGUCCUUCUAUCGGAGACUCUGUCCGGUCGUCGCGAUUUGGGGCGGUUCCCGGUGGAAAUUUUUUAUGAAUUUUUUUAAGCAUCUUAUUCAUCAAGUCUAAUUUAUUCAUACCGAAUUUCAGCUAAAAAUUUAAUCGGGAGCGCAUUUACAUAAAUUCGAGAACGCAAAAAUGCGCAGUUAUCUUCAAGAAUUAAUUUGAAUGCGUUCCCGAUUGAAUUUUUAGUUGAAAUUUGGCAUGAGUAACUAGACUUGGUGAAUAAGUUGCUCAAAAAAAUUCAUAAAAAAAUUUCACCGGGAACUGCCCCAAAUCACGACGGCUGGACAGAACCUCCUAUAGAUGGACUUAAUUAACCUUUUUAUGAAAGUUCGAGAUCUAUUUAACAGUUAUGCCUUUUUGGAAACAAAAUCUUACUCCGUAUGUUGAGCAGUUGUACUUACGUAGGACUCUCGAACUACCUGUCCGAAACCAAACCAAACUGGUACUUGUUUGGGUAAAACGCGAUCCCACAAGUCAAAGACUGUGUGUGUAUAUAUAUAUACACAGAUGAGGGAGAGGCACCGUGAAUAAUUGAAUUGAAAAAAACCCUACCUACCUAUGGAUCGGAACGAUCAAUCGAAGAUGGAUGAUGAUGAUGAGCAUAGCCCGGUGCACGCAAGGUCGGAUUUACCUCUCCCCGGCGGCGGUGUGGUGGGGGUGGAAACCCGCAUACGUAUGAAGCAAGGCACUGAAGAAAUCAAGCUGUUUGAAUCUCGCACUUCGCAGCCGGGGAUUACGCGCGUAAAGGCUUACGUCGCCAAAGGCACGAUUGGCCGCAAACCCGGCUUAACGGUGUACAAAGCUACUGUGGUUGAAACCACAAUCAAAGAGUUGACUUUAGGAAGAAGCCACGGAACAAUGGUGUGGAAUGAGCCGCUUGCUGUCAAGGUGGCUGAUAAUCCACACUCCAUCUCAAUGCUCAGGAAUGAAGUCAGAAGAAGCUGCGGCGUCAAAAGCCGGCACCCCAAUUUGUUAGGGAUCCGGGAUGAUUCGCUUGUCCGCGCCGCUUCUCAUGAGGCCGGGAAGAACUCUAAGUACUUCGCUGCUGUCCUGAUGCCCGACUGUGGCUCUGUUAGGAACAUCAUGAGAAAACGCGGCGGCGGGUUUCAGGGCCGGGAGGAUCUCAUUCUCUGUGUGCUCAGAUCAAUUCUGAAUGCUCUUGACUUCCUUCAUCAGCAGCACAUCCCGCACGGAGAUAUCACCGCCGGCCACGUUUAUCUCACAUCCCCUCGCCGCUUCCACACUUGCUCUCCCCUCAAGUUGGGUUUUGCUGCCACCCUUUACCACGAGGACGAAACCGCCCCCGGGACAACCUGCUCUGCUUCAUUACCCAUGUCUUCCAUCUCCCAGUGGGCUGCUGCACCAGAAGUCGCAGUGGCCUCCCAUAAUAGUAAUACGGGUGAUUAUAAGCACUUGUAUUCUGAAGAAAAGGCUGACAUUUUCCCUAUUUCAUCAUUCUUGACAAAUUUUAAUACUAUCUAUAUAUACAUCUCUUAUAUAUGUAAAAUGUGGAAGGACGUCAGAUUGGUCCUACGCCCGUUACAACAGGCUCCAAAACGAAACGGGGCUCCCUUUGUUUUCCCGCCAAAGAGCCCUGCGAACAAUCCGUUUGUUUUCAUUCGUUCGCUUACCGAGAGGUUCGAUGUUGCUUGUUAGCCUGGUGAAAGUGUGGUCAGGUCAUGUGUGUGUCCUUGUUCAUUGGAGGGUACAGGUGCUGAUGGGUUGGACAGAAGCUUGUCUCUUACAAGCAGGGGCGGAACUACUCUCAUAGCUAAGGGGGCCAUGGCCCCUCCCAUUAUGUUUUUUAAUUAGUAGUAGUAUGAUAAUUUUUUUGGCCCCCUCCAAAUAUUGUUAUUCAAAACCUGGGGAAGAAAUCCUUAGUACUUGUAUAAACAAUUGUGCAUCAUUUGCAACUUGAUUUUUAGAUCCAGAACAUUAGUCCUAAUUAAAAGGGCAAUUUAAAAACUGGCCCAAACUAUGGUUUACAUC